AUGUCCAAGGCGGUGUAUCGAGAUGCCUCGCCGCCGCCCUAUACAGAGAGCGCCCAACCAUCGCACCAGGACGUCCCACCAUAUGAAACUCCUUCUUAUGACGAGAAGGCAGAUGGCUCCAAAACAAUCCAAAGCUCUACCAAGUUUCCGCCCGUACUGAACGGCUAUUUCCAAUGGAAACUAACCAAAACAUUCCACUUGGGACCCUCUGCUGAGGAGAAACUAUUUGCGGUGACAACCCACGCGAAUAUUAUGAGUAGCAAGCCCUUGAUCGAGCUACACGAUGGCCCUACAAACGAACACCCAGUCAUGGCGACAGUCCGUGCCGAUAAAUGGGGUCGCACCAAGCCAGCCACCAUUACUCUUCCCGCCCGCCCUGGUAGCCCCCACGUGGGGUCGAUCGAGGAACAAUUGGUUCCAGGAUCGUCGAAGAGCUCCAUGUCCGCUUCAUCAACCUGGGCUUUUGAGAUUGAUGCGAAGGAUAAAGGUAGCUCACGGGAGAGGUUUGAAUGGCGAAGUAGCCAUGGGAAAGAGAUAAAGGACCUCGCUACUGGGGUCUCUCAUGGAUGGAAGUUGGUACGUGUAUCUGGGCCUGGAAGCGAUGUUGGCGGGAGCAGAAAGAAGCGGGCCGCAGGUGUUACUAGCGAUGGCUACGAAAUAGUGGCUAUAAUUGCUCAUAAUGCUUCAUUUAGCAUGACAAAGGGAUUCAGAUUUGCAUUUAUGGGUGCUGGUCUUACUGGGACGCUGGGGGAAGUCUGGGAGAUUGCGACCCUCUCUUCGGCUUUGAUGCUGUGGUACAUUGAUGUUCAGCAGACUGCAGUAGCGAGUGCUGUGGCCGCGUCUGCUUAA